AUGCGUCUCAAGAGGGGUUUUGGUGACGUAUAUUUGGGUGAAUAUCAUAAUUCCAACGUCUGCGUGAAGGUGCUUAAAGAAGUCCCUGUUAUCAGCACAGACUGGCUUGGGAAGUUUAUUCGGCGGCUCAGACGAGAAGUCAAGGUUUGGCACAACUUGCAGCACGGAAAUAUCGUAGCAUUUCUUGGCUGGACGCUACAGCGCGUUGUUGACGAUAAAUUACGUGUGAGCCUGAUAUCGGAGUGGGCUGAAGGUGGGAACGUGAAGGAUUUCUUGCGCCGUAAUCCACUUGGGGACCGCCCUCAUCUCAUCACAUGUCAAGGAUUGGUUUAUGCGGAGAAUAUACUCGUCCUGGGAGCGGAUUGUGAUGCACAAUUAUGUGAUUUCGGGCUUUCCUCCAUCCUCGACGAUUUUACAACGCACGCCGAAUCAUCGAGCGUGAUGAGCACUCCUAGGUACGCUUCCCCAGAACUGGUGGAGGCCAUCAUCACCGGGCGAAAUGAAGCCAGCGAUAUUUGGGCUUUUGGGUGUACAGCUGCAGAGCUUCCUUCGGCCAUCUCCAAGGGCCCUCCUUAUGAAUGGAGCAAUGUCGGUUCCGUUGAAAGGUGCCUUUCGGCGUGUUUCGAACCUCGCCCUGAGCUACGACCCAGCGCUGCUGAGCUCAACCAUCUGCUUGAGCGGGUGCAGCGAGGGGAAACACUGACCAGCUUACCAAUUGGGGAGCUGAGGAUUAGCGGGUCGAUGAGUACUACCGGUGGAAGGGUAGCGUUCCAAUCCCCUUUCAUUACGCGUCAGAACAGAGCGGCGUGGCCUCCAGAAACUUUGGAAUCCUCACUGCCAGGUGCAUCUAAGGAGAGAGAACAGAAGGAAGAGCCAAUGGGUGGCACAAAUAUUGGUAUCGGACCAUAUCCAACGACAGAUGACAUACAGCGACCCGCAUCACCCACCCAAUUGUCGAUCCUUGCAUACAUCGGUGUCUCCCACGCCAGCACGCCGGACCCAUCCACUACUGCCAACCCCACUAUCAGCACCAUCAGUCCCAGCGGGUCAGCCCCGCGUUCACUCGCAGAGCAGCCGCCUUUUAUACGCUAUUUUCACAACGAUCCUGACUUCGUUGGUAUUGCAACCGAAAUGUCCGUUGCCGGUCAGAUAGGCAACUUUGUGAAUUAUCUGGCUAGAAACGGAGUUCGAGAGGAAAGGCAGGGACGAAAACGGAAAAGGUCACCUCUGUUGGAUGCUGGAGGCCCAGUGUUAUCACGGAAAAGAAGAUGACGAUUAUUGUGCUUUGGUCUUUACCUGGACAUAAAGGGGGAGUAGAUUCAGAUUGGCCAAACCCUCGUUGUCUCUGUACACUUAAAUCAGAAGCCCCACGCGUAGGAAUAACCUAAUACGCCCAGAAUCAAACAAUCAACUAAAUAAACGGUGAAGGAUGAGAAGCACGAACCCGGUAAGGCCGGCAUUUGGCCUGCCUUGUUGCACCAUCUGGGUAUUUUUGCCAACAAUAUUAUUCAUGUUCAUGCGAGGGGCAGGCUUCCCAGGCAUGGUGAGAUCCGAGGGAAUGGCUUGUAUCUGAGUGGCCUAGGGGGAAUUGGUUCGGG